CUGGUGUUGAGCAUGUUUCUCGUGGCAUUUUUUUCAUUUAUUUUUCUUGCUCUCGCCUUUAUAUUCAAAGAAUCAACAUUAAUGUCAAUUCUUGAUUUUUUUUCAUAUACUUUGUUGGAUUGUGAAAACGCCUUAAGCCCUAUCAACUUCAUGAAUAUGUUAACACCAAAUUUCUUUGUUUUCUUCUUCAAAUCAUUUCUUUAUAUAUAUUUUAACUGUGUGAGUGAAAGGUGCAUUUAAUUUCAGAGUUGGGGUGAUUUCUGGGUUUGAUCUGAAAACCCUUUUGGUGCUAUGGAGGCUUAUAAGAGAUGGAUUACAAGGAAUAAAGAUUUUGUGCUUCAAUUGGAUUCUCUUCUCAAUAAUUUAACGUGGUUCCUCCCAAAUGAGUUUGCUGAAUCAGAAAUUGGGCCAGAAGCAGUGUCAUCCCUUAUAGGAAUGAUCUCUAACGUGAACAAAUAUAUAAUAGAGACAAGUCCAACAGAGGUGCAUACGAGCUGUGCAGAGUCUUCUUUUAUCCCUUUAUCAUUGUGCCUUAGUUUGCUGAAGGACUUGGAGACAUUGAUUGAGGUUGUGGCUGAGCAAAUUUAUGGUGAAAAGAACAAAUGGAAUUUGAUUGCCAUAACUGAGGCUGUCAAGGUUUGUUUUAGGCUGGUUAUCUUCAGGAAGACUGGGUACAAAAUGCUUUUAGAAGGAGGGGAGACUGAAAAUGCAGAAACUGAUUCCGAUUUUUUUAGUCUUCAAGAAACAAAGAGGCAGCUUGAUAAGCCUACAGGGAAUGAAGAGUCUGGUAUCGCAAAAACACUUCAGUUGCAAAACUCAGGGAAGCUUGAAGGCAGGGAAAUAUCUGCCUUAAGCAGUUUUGGCAAGAAUGCUACAAUGCAACAUCCGCAAGCAAUAAUGGAACCUCCAAGUAAACCAGUUGAGAGACCUAGUCUAUGGACUUUCUUAUCUGAGAAAGGUGUUCCUGGAGGCUUCUUCAUGACUGGAGAGAUUCUGUUCAUCAUAAGGCCUCUUGUUUAUGUACUAUUGAUGAAGAAAUAUGGAACACGGUCGUGGUUUACUUGGUGCAUGUCACUGGCUGUGGACCUCAUCGGAAAUAGCAUUCUCUCAGUUACAUUGAUGUCUCAACAUAGCGGGAAAAAUCAGCAACUUCAGUCUUCUGAGUCUGAGAAGGACGAGUUAAAAAGACGAAGAAUGUUAUGGGCGUUGUACCUCAUGCGAGAUCCACUUUUUACCAUGUAUACCAGGCAAAGACUUGAAAGCACUCAAAGGCUAGUGCAACCCAUUCCCAUUCUUGGAUUUGUUGCAGAAAAAUUAAUUGAAAUUCUUAUUGGAGUCCAAACGCGUUACACAUACAUAUCUGGUUCAUAACAGGGGGAAGCUAUCAGGAGAAAUUUGAAGCGUCUAGAUCUAGAAAUUUGCAGUCUCUUUCUUUAUUCCUUUUCUUAGGGAUUUGGGGGAGAGUUCACUAUACAUCUAUCUUGUCUUACCGGGCUUCAAAUGUUUCUUUUUUGCUAUAGUCAUCUGGUAUCCAAAACCCACUUCUUGAUAUUGUCAAUGUAGAUUGAACCUUUAUCAUAAAUCAUUACUGAAUUGAAUGAUUCAACAAUUACAUCUUA